UGCUCCGCCGACUGUAACCUCACGGUUGAAAUUGAAACAACACGUUUGUAUUUGUGUUCAUGCUCCCUCCAACUUGUGAGUGAAUGCCUGCCUUUCAAACGACUUGUAAUGUACCUCAUGAAUCCCAACUACCACGGGAAUAUUUGAGUCGUGUUCGAGCAAUCUUUUUUGGCUUCUCCAGUAUUCAUGUUUUAAGCGUGUGGUCGUUACAUGCCGGAGGACACGUCAGCAGGUGGAAUUUCGGGAUUAUGAGCAAGCAAUUUCCGCAUUCGGUCGACCGGGACGAAGCGCUGACUUCCGGCGAAGGAAGUGUGGAAGCCACGGGCCACUUCGGAAAGGACGUUCUCCGAACAAUUUUGCCACCUUUCUUUAACCUGUGUCGGAAUAGGUCACGGGGUCACAGAGACAUGGAAGUGAACAUCGGACAGUAUGGCAGGCCUUCACAACGUUAACAGCUCAACCGGAUACGUGGUGAAGAUCUCUGAAAUUCAGUUUCGCCCAGUCCAAAAUAACAUUGGCGAUAUCUGUAAUUGAAUUCCUCCGAUAAACAACGAUAUUUGCAACGUCCUUUGACAUACGUCACUUUUGCCGUUCCUUAUGUAUGGGGCGGUGGGGGCACGAUACAAAAAUUCUGACUUUGAUACGAUACCCAGUGGUGUCCCGAUCCGAUCCUCGAGAUCGGCAAUCGAUCCGAUGCCGGCAAAAGAAUGAGUAGCAAAUCAGAUGGGACUGGAUCGAAAAUACCUGAUUUUGCCACUCUUCUCCAGCAGCGCCCAGAUGGCAGCGUGAUACACGAUCGCAUAUUGUUGUUAUAAUUAUUAGAACUCGUUUUUUCACAGUUUGAAUAUAUGCCAAAGAGUGUUAUAUUGCCUAUUUGUGUGUUUUUAAUUCUUAAUUUGAAUUGAAUCCAAUUUGGCAGGUGGUAAAGGGCCAUGUCCUCAAUGCAAAAUGGCAUUUUUGGGGACGUCGAGCCACAUGGUUCGAUUUGGCAGGGCGAGUCUCGUGGCGGUCGUAACUUAGUGUUACUGGUGUGUCGACGGAGCCGUUUGGAGCCAACGAUUUCCACGUGAGUAGUAGUAACCUGCUAGCCAGGUGUCGCGUCUGCUCCUCACCGUGACCCAUCCUUCAUGGACUUCAGGCCACAGAUCCCAUCCGUUACAUCUCCGAUGAAUGGCUUACUGGGACACAAGGAAUGGAUGUUUUUUUGUGAGGAUGCACAUGUGCAAAUUUGGCGCAAGAUCCAAAUCAGGAUGACUAUCACGAUAAGCGCCCACCGUGAGAGUAUUUACUCGGAACCUGAGUGUCGCCCUGCCCGGUGGCAAAAUGAAGUGCGUCUUUUAAGCGAAAGAUGUUUCGAGAGGCGAUAAUUGGGAGAGUAACAAGAAAGGCUAUUUCUUGGAACUCAGGGUUGACAUACAAGAUGGGGGAACUCCAGAGAGAACAUGCCAAGUGGGCUCAGACGGCACUAAUGGGGCUUGCUAGAGCUUUCGAAAGGAUGCUUUGGACGAAGCUCAGGGGUACCGAGUAUGGAGGAAUUAUACCCGUCGCGAAGUUGUCUAUGAAUGAUGAAAUUGUGCUUAGCAUGCCAUUCAUCAAUGUGGUCACAAUCUGUGCGUGAGCAUAAACCGUGAGCAGCAGCGACAUCAGAGGUGGUUAUGAUCCGCCUGUUUUGGUUCAGGGUUGCACUGCAAAGGGUCGAGAACUAAAAUGCCCAAUUUUAGCGAUUUGCGUAGCGACCACUAAUUGGUUUCUUCGUUUGCCAUGCAUUGUCGUGUGGUGGUGGUUUCGGGCUGGAAUUCCCGAAGUUGCGUCUCGAUAGCAGCAAGGCUACAAGCGUCACUGGUGGGGGUGCUGGGGAUGCAUGUUAUUUCGGUUCUGUUUUUGGUUUUCGGCAGAACAGCGUGAUCGGUUUCACCCGGUGUCUUGGUCGGGCAUCUGCGUUGGCGGACUUGGUGUAGUCCUUGGUGUAACGAGGAUGCUGUCACGGAAGCUGGACCUGCUUGACCGGGCCGUUAUCAGUGUCUGUUAACCAUCCUCCGUUUCGUGCAUGGUGCAUAGUGGGCGGAUUCUUGUUUGAUCCCCCCUUCGUGGCUACGUGGGGCCACGAACGGCCGAGAAGUGAGCUCCACAGAGGCGUAAUAACAAAAGUCCACGAUAAUGCAAAUGAGUCGGCACGAAACUAAGGUGAAACCAAAGUCAAGCUUAAACGGCACGCAGGAAGAAUUGAAAGCGAGCCACAGAAAGAUCAAACGAAAAGCAGGCAACUUCGACAUCACAAACAACGCAGAAGAGAAGAGAAAGGCUGGGAACCAGCGCAGAAGGGGAGCGUCCGUCACAAAUGGUUACUGCAGGUGUAAUAGAAGAGUCGGGUCCAAGGCAUUGCCUGAGGGGAGCAAAGGGUGGGCAGGGUGGAGGAAAAUGCCACUGAGGUGCACUUUCCAAGGUCCAGAGAAGAAGUGCACGGGAAGCCAAGCCCACAUGUCCUGUGCUGUUGAAGCCACGCGUGUGUAAACUUCACAAAAGAAGCAAGAUGACUUUGCGGCCAUCGAACGAGCGGGUCAGUUACGUAGAGAAGUCGUAAUCAAGCUCAGUGUGACGGCUGAAUAUGCGGUCAAUUGAUUCGCGACAGAGUCCACAUAAUGCUCUUCGAAGGCCGCAACUUUACUAUUUAUUAGGGGGUCGACUGGGCUCAAAAGGUUGAGGGGAAGGUUUUGUGUCAAAAGAGCGACCCCUGGUGGGCAUGUUUGGCACCACAGGUGCAGUCCCCCCUUUUGUAAGAUCAUCAACUGUUCGCAGUUGUUUUGGAGGGGUCCGAGUGUGGACCAACGUAAGUCAGUUAAGGCUGCAGUCUAGUGCGUGUUUAGGGAACAAAGUGGCGUGUUUGAUUAGCACUUCCCGCAAACGCUGUCAUUCGUCAGCGGAACUCAGGGUGUCAGCAUCCGCCAGGAUCUGCUGCACGUGGGUUUUGCAGUCUGGAUAAAGGGGUGGGUGAUUAUUACACGGUGCUACCGGCGUCGGCGGGGUGAUUUGCGAGGAGGAUGAGGGAGUGGGAGGAGUCGUGGAAGACUCCCUUUUUCGGGUGUAGUUGGGAUUGUACUGAGUGUAUGGAUCGCCAGGUGUUGGUCUGCAGCCAGGUCCACUCUGAUGAUGUCAUCACACUCAGUAGGUCCCACUGGAAUGAUAGCAGAAGAACGCCUGGCGACCGGUCAAUGAUUGGUUAGCACGCACAGCCAGUCGAAUUGGAAUGUUGACAAUCGAUGCUUUUACUACAACUUCGUUUUCGCUCCAAACUUUGCGUCGGGAUUGGUUUGUCCCGACUUAAGGUUUAGUGGUUGAAAAGCACUGUUAGCGGAAUAGGUAUUAGCGUGCGACCAGAAACAAUUGUUAAUGGUGUCAACUUGAAUGGCGAGUCGGACAACCACGUCCGCGCCUAAGUAUGUUUUAUGCGGCAAACUGGGGACUACUCGGUCUAUAAAUCAUUCAAUGGUUUAGGUCCUCAAUACAUGAAAGAAAUGUGUAUGGAAUAUAAACCCAGUAGGGCUCUGAGAUCGACAGACUCUGGUCUAAUAGUGGAGCACAGAGUCCAAAGCAGACAUGGUGAAGCAGCAUUUAGCUACUGUGCUGCACACAAAUGGAAGAAGUUGCCAACAGAAGUGACGUCAGCCCCAAGUGUGAAUGCUUUUAAGUCCAUGUAAAAAUAUUCCCCCCCCCCCCCCCCCCUCAUGCUUUUUGAGAGCAUUUCCACUUUUUCUUGAACUGUACGCUGUUUGAAUUGAACUUUUUUCCUCUUUGUUUUAAAUGUUUAUAAGCAUUGUUUUUCUUUGUUUUUAAAUGCUUUUAAUGUAAAGCACAUUGAGUUCCACUGUGUAUGAAAUGGGCUAUAUAAAUAAAUUUGCUUUGCUUGGCUUUACCUCCACCAUGCUUCACGGGUGAGCUUGUGUGUUUUGGAUCAUGAGCCGAUCCUUUCUUUCUCCAUACUUUGGCCUUUCCAUCACUUUGGUAGAGUUUCAGCUUGGUCUCAUCAGUCCAUCAAAACCUUUGUGGCUCAUCUCCGUACUACUUUGGAAAAUCCAAUCUGGCCCUCAGAUUCUUUUUGCUGAUGAGUGGUUUGUAUCUUGUGGUAUGGCUUCUUUAUUUCAUCUCUCAAAGUCUUCCAACAGUGGCUUGUGAUACCUUCACGCCUGCCGUGUGGAGGUUGGUAAACAAUUUUGUCUGUCAAUUUAAAGAAAAAUGUAUCCAAACUAAUCGAGAGAAGCUUCAUCAUGCAACAGGACGAUGACCCAAAACACACUGCCAACACAUCAAAGGACUUAAUCGGGGGGAAAAAGUGGAUCGUCUUCGACUGGCCAGUCAAUCACCGGACCUUAACCCAAUAGAGCAUGCGUUUUACCUCCUGAACGGAGAAACCCCCAUAAAUAAAUAAGAACUGAAAGAGGCUGGAAUAAAGACCUGCAAAAGCAUUUCAAAUGGAUAAUGCAACAAUCUGGUGAAGUCAGAGGGUCGCAGGCUUGAUGCAGUUAUUGCAACGGUGAAGAGGUUGAUGAAAGAGGCUGCCGAAUUGAGAGACCCCGCAGAGCACUACCAUGCUCAGCCACUGGAAGAUAACCUAUUUGAAUGGCACUUCUCCGUACGUGGACCGCCAGAUUCAGAUUUCGAUGGUGGGGUUUACCAUGGCAGGAUUGUGCUUCCCCCAGAGUAUCCGAUGAAGCCUCCCAGCAUUAUUCUCCUCACACCAAACGGAAGAUUUGAAGUUGGGAAGAAAAUCUGUCUGAGUAUAUCGGGCCACCAUCCGGAGACAUGGCAGCCUUCAUGGAGCAUACGAACUGCUUUAAUUGCCAUAAUUGGAUUCAUGCCAACAAAAGGAGAGGGUGCAAUUGGGUCCCUUGAUUAUACUCCAGAAGAGCGCAGGGUCCUUGCCAAAAAGUCCCAGGAUUUCUGCUGCGAGACAUGUAACUGUUCAUUGCGCUCAGCACUCCGAGCUCUGUCCCCCAACAGCGACCUCGGCCCAGAGGACCACAUGGCAAAUGAACUCGCGCAACAAAUUGACUUCAAGACGGAGUCAAGUUCACCCAGUAAAAUCGAGGUUUCCAAUCUUAACGAGGAAGGUGCCUCAAAUUCUUCGGGCUGCGAAGCUGCUGAUGGGCCCCUGCCUGAGCAGGCAGAAAUGUCAACAGCCACCAGAGCGGAGAGGCCGCAAACUCUUUUGCCUUCGAACAGCGGUCCUCCUCGCAGUCCCCGGCACCGUCGUGUCCAACAGGCCCAAAGAGACAUCGGAGAAGCCCCGAACAGGCCGGCCUUCAUCGCACGGGUUCACGCGCCACCGAACGAUAGCUACGCAGGCUCGGCCGUGCUCAUUGUGGUGCUCACUUUGGCCCUGGCUGCACUUAUUUUCCGAAGGAUUUACCUGGCUAAUGAGUACAAGUUUGAUUAUGAGCUGUGACCUUUCCUCGCGAUUACAUAAUUUCGCUACCCUCCAGCACCACGAGCAGCUUCAUUUCCACCAGAGCUUCAGCACUCGCUGGAACAUUUGGCUUAGUCUUUCCUCAUUAGCACUGGAUCCCAUCACCUUGAUGCGCAUUCCUACAAAGGUGUUCCACUCACUGCAGCAUCGUCGGUUUCUUUUUUACUCUUUUUUGAGAGGCUGCGUAGUCAUGUAUGAGCUAUUUCACUUGUUUAAUUAACUCGUAAACUGCCGUGUGCGUUUAUAUUCGUCAAGUGGAAUCCAGCCACGUACUUCCACCGAUGAAUAUGUCUUUUCAACUGGCAUGGGUGGCCGAUGAAUUUGUUGGCCGCCCCGCUCACCAGCCACGUAGAUCUUAGCAUCAGUUAUAUUAAACGGCAUAAAAGGUCACACCAACCCCCACCCCCCGCCGACGAUCGCUCCGGCGCUUGAGAAACUUUUAUCAGCGCCCCUUUUCGAUACUGGGUUCGGCGGCAGUCGCGGCCGCCCCGCCGCCCUUCGGCCGUCCCGCCCAAACGUUAAUGGAGGCGCCCCUGGGAAGGCGGCAUCUGUGAAAUGCAAGCUUCCGCGGAACUGUAAUGACGAACAGACGGCAGUAGAUUGCAUGGUUGAAUUGUUUUGAAUUUGACAGCACAGUUUUUGAGUUGAAGAAAAAUGCAUUGGAAGUUGGACAAGUUUGGGCACCUGACACUUGAAAUUGUAUGUAUUUGGGUCAUUUUCAUAUAAUUACAUCAAUAACGGUAAGACUCCACUGAAUUUCAUUUUGAAAACCAAGUUUGCUGAUUAUUUGAAUUAUUGGCAUUAUCAUUAAAAAGGUCAUAAUUGUUUCUAAGAGGGGGACAAAACGUUUUCACCCUUUUAAUGCCAAAAUGUCUUUACCGCCAUGUCCCAAAUGAAAUUUCAUGAUUUGCAACGUUUUCUGGAGACGGUAAUUCCAUUUUUCAUUAUACAGUAGGCUAUAGGAUUUCUGUCCUUUUGCUUAGUAUGCCUUUUCCAUAAAAACUAACGCAAAUGCAUCUUAAUGUCUUAAGUGUUUCUUUUUAUUGGUUACUUUACAAAUGAUCCUUCUAUGUCAAGGUGUCUUUACCAUUAAUACCGCUCACGUCGUUGCAGUACACCAAAGGGAUCUGAAGUGCCGGGACAUUCACACAAUAGCAGACAGCAAAAUAGCUUAUUUCUGAGUUAUGAAUAAAUACAGCGCCUGAAAUAAGUAUUUAACAUGUCACACCAUUAUGUCACUAAAUAUACUUCUAAAGGUGCGAUUGACAGGAGACAUUUCACCAGACGUUCCAGGCGCAUAUCGAAGCUUCUGAACGUUCCGGUGAGCACGGUUGGGGCCAUAAUGCGGAAGUAGAAAGCCAAUUAUACCACCACAUUAUUACACGCAACUGCAUUACUGAGUUGAUUUGUUGUACUUUCUUUGCAUGGAUGGAUUACUUGGGUUGUUCCCAACAUCUGGUGAAAUGUUCAUGUCAAUAGCACCUUUGGGAAAUAUAUGUCGUGAGAAAAAUGGUGAUGUGUUAAAUACUUAUUGCAGCCACUGUACGUAUGAAUUUGUGAAAGUUGGAAUAUUGCAUGUCUUUACUGUUAUUCCGAUUGAAUAAGGACAAAAGUGUAAUGGGUUUGCGUCGGUGGAAUUGGUUGAAUGAGUAGUUAGAUAAUUUAUGCACUUCUAUCCUCAAAGUUUAAAGGGCAAGAUGUAAAUUGUGCAACACACAGGUUAUGGGAAAAACUGGCAAAAUUGAAGUCAUUUUAAUUUUGGGACUCUUCCCACCCCCUUAAUAAAUGAGAUUUUUUUUUUCAGAUUACAUUUGCAUUGGACUGCCAUGAAAUAAAUGUAUUCCUCUCUGGAUUGAUUGUCUUGACUAUAUCGAGUCGUCAUGAGUCUGCAUCGCUCACGGCGUGUUUUAUAGUUGUAAUCUGUAAAUAAAUUAUUUUCCAUCAAAA